GAGCUGACGUGUUUCCUGUUGUGCCAAAGUUCACGGUGCUAGAAACACUUCACUGAAGGCUUCUCUACCUCACUUUAACCUUUCAGGUCAUUUUAAACACAACUUAUAACGUAUCUUUUUAUUACGUAUUGCGUUUAUUAAGUGUCUACAGCCGUUUUUACCCAGUGUCACUUCGCGUCGUUGUACUUAGUCCCAUUUCAGGCGUUGUUUUCGUCGCUAAUCUGCCUGCUAACAUUUGCUCAGUCGCUAGCCGCCGUCCACACGUUCAACAAGCAGACGACCAAUUAACUGUUCCUAGAGUCAUGGACCAAACAGGAGUCGCGGCUGAAACGCGGAAGAGCCCGUGGGGUUUGGCGGCCCCAGCAGCUCCAACCUGCUCUCUGGUCGAUGUCAUGAGUGAGCAGCUGGCUAGACAGCUGGAUGAGGAGAACAACACCCUGCCCACCCUCGCUGAACCUGGAGCAGAUCUGUUGUCGUCUGAUGAAGCCCCUGAUACGACCAGUGACCUGAUGCUUGCCCAGAUGUUACAGAUGCAGUUUGACCGUGAGUUUGACAAUCAGCUUCGUCGUGAGGAGAAGAAGUUCAAUGGAGACAGCAAAGUUUCCAUCUCCUUUGAGAACUAUCGCAUGGUGCAUCCAUAUGAAGACAGUGACAGUUCAGAGGACGAGGUGGACUGGCAGGAUACAAGACACGACCCCUACAGAGCUGAGAAGCCUCAGACCACACCCAGGAAAGGCUUCACUGGCAAAGGAAAGAACAUCACCACUAAACAUGAUGAAGAGGCCUGUGGUCGCAAGAACACGGCUCGAAUGGACAAUUUUGCUCCAGAAGUUCACGUCGGUGAUGGUGUGGGAAUGGAUCUGAAGUUGUCCAAUCAGGUGUUUAACUCUCUGAAGCAACACUGCCACAGCGAGCAAAGACGCAGCGCCAAGUUACAUGAGAAGAAAGAGCACUCCACUGCUGAACAAGCAGUCGACCCUCGUACUCGUCUCCUGAUGUACAAGAUGGUAAACUCUGGCGUGCUGGAAAACAUCAACGGCUGCAUCAGCACAGGGAAAGAGUCUGUGGUGUUCCACGCUGACGGAGGGAGCCUGGAGGAGCAGCCCGUUCCAGACGAGGUGGUGCUCAAGGUGUUUAAGACGACACUGAAUGAGUUCAAGAAUAGAGACCGGUACAUCAAAGACGACUACCGCUUCAAAGACCGCUUCAGCAAACUGAACCCGCGCAAAAUCAUCAGGCUGUGGGCAGAGAAGGAGAUGCACAACCUGGCCAGGAUGAAGAAGGCAGACAUUCCGUGCCCACAGGUGGUCCUGCUGAAGAAACACAUCCUGGUGAUGUCGUUCAUCGGUAAAGACCACAUUCCUGCUCCCAAACUCAAAGAUGCCAUGUUGGGUUUUGAGGAUCUGAAGGCAGCCUAUUACCAGGUCCUACAUAUGAUGCAGCAGCUGUAUCAGGAGUGUAAUCUGGUUCAUGCUGAUCUCAGUGAAUACAACAUGCUGUGGCAUGAGGGGAAGGUGUGGUUGAUAGAUGUCAGUCAGUCCAUCGAGCCCACCCACCCUCACGGUCUGGAGUUCCUAUUCAGAGACUGCAGAAACGUUUCCACGUUCUUUCAGAAGCGAGGCGUGAGCGAAGCCAUGAGUGUGUAUGACCUUUUCAACGCAGUGACUGGACUUGACAUCUCUGUUGGUGUUGAGGAUGAGGCCAAGUUUAUGGCUGAGAUUGUGGUACUGGAGAAGAGGAAUGAGGAUCAUGUGCAGAAGCGAGGAAAGAAAACUUUCCCCGUUGCCUCUGAAGAUGCUGGUCCUCCGUUACAGCCUGACGCUGAUGACUAACACUCUCGUGCUCUUUUCAUGACCUCGCCGUGUUGUCAACGCUGUAAGGAGGUGACCUGCAGGACCUGCCUCCCACUCACCACCAACCAUUGACCCACGCACCGACUGCUUCCUUCGAGGCAGCACGGAGGAAUGAUUUUACAGAGCUGGAUGCUGAAGUCUCCAGCAGAGUUAAUGGAACCGCUGUCUCACUUCCUCUGCUGAUACUUAAUCAUACUGAGGCUGAUGAGUGUGUAAUGCUUUUAAUGUAGAACCAGCGAAUGCUAAUAUUUACAAAUUUAUGUAAAAGUCCAGUGGGAGAACAUGAAGGCUUCAUAUACUUGUGUGAGGACGAAAAGCUGAAAUCUGAAGUCAAAGUAUAAAUCUUAUUUUCAUGCAACCAUUUACUUGACAGAGAGAAAAUCUUUAAGUAUUUGUGUAGCUGUGACAGAAAACUGGACCAUGUGUUUUGAGUUGAACGCACAACAGGACAGAAACAGUAAAGACACUCACCUUGUAUCAGACCUUGUAUUGAAUUCUGUUGGGGAACAGAAGCCAGUCUAAAGUAAUAUUAUCCUUAAAAUGCAUCAUGUAUGUGAUCAGUCAUGCUUACUCAGCUACAAGUUGACCCUUAUCCUUAUGCAAGUCUCUGAUGUGCAUCUGACUCAAAUGAUUUCAAAUACAACAAAAAUAAUUUUACUUAGACUUUCGCUCUGAAACUAUUGGGGGCAAAUGUUUGUGUGCUGUUUUAUAGUUCAAAACAUCACAUGAAAAAGGUACCAUCCUGCAGCUACGAGAGCAACAUUAAGUGUUUUACAGCCUGAAGUUUAAAUGUGAUCGAGCCAAUGUUGUAAAUCUGAGCACACCUGAUCGUGACAGAUUUAAUACUCAGCCUGUCAAAUAUCCCGGAUCACUUUGAACUAGAUAGAACUAAAGGCCUGUAGCGAAAGGAGCUGAAAGUGCUGCUCUCACUUUUUAUCGACAGAUCAGAGUUUUCAUGUAAUUGUGUAACAUCUGAGUGCUUCCACUCAGAUUUUUUCUGUGCAUCACUUUUAAAUGUGUAUCUGUAGGUUUAAGAGAACAUGUCUGAACUCUGGGAAGUCGAGUUUGUGCUUGUUUUCUGUUUUUUCACUCAGCUGCAUCUUGUUUUGAUUAUUACUUCUCCAAUUUGUCUAUAGUUUAGAUACUGAUUGGACUUUGAGAAGUCAUUAUUUAUUAAGCAGGUAUAAUAGUUAAUUAUGGAACCAGUUGCCAGAUCAACAGCUUAAUUUCUUCAGAAGGUCAGUGAAAUGUGGUGGGUCGUUUUGUUUGGUGCUUAAAUGUUUAGAAAACGUUUGCAGUGCAACAGAAGCAUUUAUCCAGUGAGUGAAAAUGAAGCAGGUGUCAGCAUCAUGUGAAGUGUAAGGAUCCCAACACGGAACCAGGGUCCUGUUGUUUGAACUUGAGACCAGCAGUCACAAUAAACACGAACAUAAAAACUG